CAGCUCUCUCAGUGAGUUAUGACGUGCUCAGAAAUACACACACCAUUUUCACCCGUGCCACUAAAUUUUAUAUCAAACCACGUGAAGCUUAGUCACGCAUGUUCUCCGGCCGGGGACGCUACAGUGAUAAAAAUUCGCCCAGCCAAUAUCCAGACGCAUAAAUCCGCAAUAAUUAUAUAACAAGUCAAACUUCUUGUGAUACCGCCAAUAUCAAUUGACGCUCGCGACCAACUUGACUUUUCGCGCGCUUUCCCCGCCCGCCAUCUUGAGAUUGGGCGUUUUUUCGAGUUUUCCGGAAAGGCAGCGGCAGUAGGCUGGGUGACCGAGACCCUCGCGACCCUCGCUGGUACAUCGACUCCAGCUACGCAUCAUCACUUAAAGUCUCCCUGCGACUCCCCACCAGACAGUUUUUAGAAGAUUUUUAUCAGCCGUGGUUUCAACAGCAAGAUCUUAGGAGAUACAUAAUGGCGGAGGUAAAGAUGCCGAGCGGACACAUCGACCAGCCGGUCAUUGAGGACAACCACGAUGGCACUGUCAGCAUCAAGUAUGACCCUCGGGAGGAGGGCGUGCACGAGCUCUACGUCAAAUAUAAUGGCGAGCAUGUCCAGGGUUCCCCCUACAAGUUCCAUGUGGACUCGAUCCCCUCGGGCUACGUGACGGCAUACGGCCCUGGGCUGAUCAGCGGAGUCAGUGGUGAACCAAGUCAGUUUACCAUCAGCACCAAGGGCGCUGGUGCUGGGGGACUGUCCAUGGCUGUGGAGGGGCCUAGCAAGGCUGAGAUCACCUGUCAUGACAACAAGGAUGGCACGGUGGCAGUAUCCUACUUGCCGACCGCCCCUGGAGAGUAUAAAGUCUCCGUCAGGUUCGGAGACAAGCACAUCAAGGGAUCGCCUUUCACUGCUAAGGUGACGGGUGAGGGUCGCAAGAGGAACCAGAUCUCUGUAGGCAGCUGCAGCGAGGUCACUCUGCCGGGGAAAGUCGCCGAUACUGACAUCAGAGUCCUCAAUGCCUCUAUUCAGGCGCCAUCGGGCCUGGAAGAGCCCUGCUUCCUGAAGCGCCUGCCAUCCGGCAACAUCGGCAUCAGCUUCACUCCCCGUGAGGCUGGCCAGCACAUCGUCUCCGUGAAGAAGAUGGGUAACCACAUCCAGAAUUCUCCCUUCACCAUCACCGUGCAGAGUCAGGAAGUUGGUGACGCUAAGAAAGUUAAGGUUUCUGGCACCGCUCUGAAGGAAGGCAAGACUCACUGUGAGAAUACGUUUUCCGUGGACACCAGGAACGCUGGCUACGGUGGUCUCUCACUCUCUAUUGAAGGUCCUAGUAAAGCGGAGAUCCAGUGCGCCGACACGAAAGACGGAGUGCUCGGAAUCGGCUACAAGCCAACUGAGCCCGGAUACUACAUCAUUAACCUCAAGUUUGCCGAUCACCAUGUUGAGGGCUCGCCAUUCACUGUCAAGGUGACUGGUGAAGGCAGCAAUAGACAGAGAGAGAAGAUCCAGCGCCAGCGCGACCAGGCGCCUUUGACUGAAGUUGGCACCAACUGCAAACUCACCUUCAAGAUGCCUGGCAUCACAUCCUUCGAUCUUGCGGCUACCGUCACCAGCCCAGGAGGCGUAUCUGAAGACGCUGAAAUCCAAGAGGUAGAAGAUGGCCUCUACUCCGUGCACUUCGUUCCAAAAGAGCUGGGAGUCCACACUGUCUCCGUCAAAUACCGGGAGAUCCAUAUUCCAGGAUCUCCCUUCCAAUUCACCGUGGGCCCGCUCCGCGACUCAGGCUCCCACUUGGUGAAGGCUGGUGGUACUGGCCUAGAGCGCGGGGAGGCCGGUCGCUUCAACGAGUUCAACGUCUGGACCCGUGAGGCGGGAGCUGGUCAACUGGCGAUAUCGCUGGAGGGGCCCAGCAAGGCCGAGAUCGACUUCAAGGAUAGGAAGGACGGGUCCUGCGAUGUGUCAUACAAGGUCGAUGAGCCUGGUGAAUACCGCAUCGGCCUGAAGUUCAACGAGCAGCACAUCCCUGACUCCCCGUUCAAGGUGUACAUCAGUCCAGCGGUGGGCGACGCAUAUCUACUUGAGGUGGCGCAGUUCCCCGACUCGGCCCAGGUGGAGAAACCCGCCCAGUUUUAUAUUAGGAUGAACGGAGCUAAAGGAGAGCUUGAUGCUAGGGUGGUCUCCCCCUCCGGCAAGACGGACGACUGCUUCAUCCAGAACAUCGACGGGGACCAGUACAGCAUCAGGUUCAUGCCGCGUGAGAACGGUGUCCACAACAUCAACGUUAAGUUCAACGGAGUCCAUAUUCCGGCGUCUCCUCUUAGGAUCAAGGUUGGCAAGGAUGACGCUGACCCUGCAGCUGUACAUGCCCAUGGUCCUGGUCUGCAACAGGUUAAGACCGGUGUGAAGACGGACCUGAUCAUCGACACCUGCAACGCCGGCGCCGGUCAACUCGCCGUUACCAUGGACGGUCCCUCCAGGGUUGCCAUGGAUUGCACUGAAGUUGAAGAGGGAUACAAGGUGAGGUACACGCCUCUGGCUCCUGGCUUCUACUUCAUGAGCAUCAAGUACAACGGUCACCAUAUCGUCGGUUCACCAUUCAAGAUCGAAUGUACCGGCAACAACUUAGCGGAGAUCGGUGCUCAAGAGACGUCUUCGGUGACAGUCGAGACGGUGCAGAAGGUGUCGAAGGCUGGUCAGAAGCAGGGCCCAGUGUUGCCACAUUUCAAAUCUGACGCUUCCAAGGUCACCAGCAAGGGUAUGGGCUUGAAGAAGGCGUACCUCAACAAGCACAACCAGUUCACCGUACAUUGUGGUGAUGCAGGCAACAAUAUCCUAUUCGUCGGCAUCUACGGCCCCAAGGGUCCUUGUGAUGAGGUCCAGCUCAAGCAUAAGGGUAAGAACAAUUACGAGUGCUGGUAUGUAGUCAGGGAUAGGGGAGAUUACAUCGUCAUCGUCAAGUGGGGCGAUGAGCACAUCCCCGGCUCUCCUUACAAGGUUGACGUCUAAGUUGAAAAGUUUUACAGUGGCGUGUGGGGUUUGAAGAUUCUAGAUUUGUGAAAAAAGGGUCAAUUUGGUUUAAAUUUUUUUGAAUGUUAUAUUUAAAACAUCAUUAUUUUUCAUUAAGAAUAUAAUUAUAUGAUGAAUAAAAAUCAGAAAAUGUGGUGUCUCGAUAUCAAGAUAAGAAUUAAUUUAGUGAUGUAAGUAUUAAUAUUUGCGCUAGCAAUUUGUUAUUUGCAAUUGGAGUUGAAAGCUCAUGAAUUAUUUUAAAAAUGUUUGGGUAUUUCUAGUCAUUUUAUUACUUACUUAGAUUAAUUUUCUGGAAAAAAGCUCAGAAUUAAGUGGAUUUUAGCGAAAAAAAAUACCAAUAAUUUGGUUGAAUGAUUUUGGCGAUAAAAAACUCCCCAUACGCUGCUAGUAGGAUUUAAGAAAAAGUGUUUUUUGAUAUUUAAUAAUUUAGUUUUGAAUGGACAAAAUUAUUAAUAUCAAAUAAAUAAUUUAGUUUAGUAAUUGGAUUGUAAAAAGGUAAAUUGAUGUUGUAGGUUCGGAAAUUAUGUAUUUGACUAUUUAUUAUCCAUUCUGGAAGAUCUCUUGGUAUAUAAAAUGACAUUAUUUAUGUGGUUCCACCUUUUCGCAAUCCAAUCGAACAUUUGUAUUGUGUUUCAUGUUUUCUUGUUCCUUUCUUAUAAAUAAUUGAAUAUUUUCAUAUUUAUACUGUCGGCAUUCGCAAGUCUAACAAUCAGGUUAUCCAAUGCGUCGUAUUUAUUGAAUAUUCAUAUAUUUUUGAGACAUUUUAUAUGAUUCUCGUUUAGUUUUUAGGGCGACUAAAUGACAAUACAUAUAAAGUAUGAUAAUAAAUAUUCCCUUUUACUUUUAAGUACAGUAAAGGCGCAACUUGCUUCAUUUAAAAUGUCAGCGAAUUUUGCUUUUAAUAAGUCUUGUUUAUUAAUUAUCUAUUUUAGUCUGGUUUUACAAUUCUUCUACAUCUUUUUUCAGUAAAAGUCUUAAAAUGAUAGAAGAAUAAAUUGUCCAAAAUUCGCAGUAUUUUAGAUUGAGACUGUCACAGAUCGUAGAUUUCUAUAUCACAAUUUUUACAAACUGGCAGUAUCGUUUUCUUUUCGUAUGUUUAAAAUCUGCUUUAUAUGAUAGUUUCUGUAACUUGUUGUGCCUUUAUCCCUUUUUGAUAUUUAGUUAAGGGUAAUUAAUUAUUCUGCUUUCUAAUUUUUGAAUGGUUUGUGCUGUAUGAAUUCUUUUACCUACGUAGGUAGAAUCACCCCGUAUAUUGUAAAUACCUAUUUUAAGUAUUUAAUAUAAUGUAUUUUGCGACUGUUAACUAAAUAAAAAGAGGAAAGUUC